AGCUCCCCGGCAAAGCUAGCUGGUGCUAAACGGUUGUGAUCAAAUGACUUCAGCCAGUUCGUUUUGUGGUUAGCGUCCCGGUCCCACCCACCUCCCCCCGCGCCGGCCGACGGCGGCGCUGCUGACCCUUGCCUUCCUCGUUGCCGCCCGUCCUCUCCAUUCUGUCCGCGGCUCGCUCACGAAACCCUAGCUUCCGCUCUCUCUCUUUCUAUGCCCUUCUCGUCCGCGCUUCCGAUGGGGUUGGUUUGAUUUCCUGCGAGAGCGGAGAGCAGACUUGGGCCGGUCGGCGGCGAUCGAGGUCCGCCGUCCGCUGCGCUCUCUCGAGCCUCCUGUCCUGUCCCGUGGCGCAAACAGCUCAGCGUGGCAUUCCUCGUUGUCCAUGCAUGAUCGGAAUUAAAGUCUUGAGACUCUGAGAAAUCAACAUUGUUCAGGCAUCCAUUAACUAUGGAGUUCAGUGAAUAUUGGACCGUAUAUAUAUGGGUCUCUCUUUCAUCACAUGAAACUAGGAAGGCCAAGGGUGAGGUGUCACCAAACCUUAUUUGGUGAAGCAGAUAUUUCCUAAGGCACAUCGUCGAAAUUGACUGCCAGCUGCUGUACAGCCCAUAUGGUAAACAGUUUGUCUCCUAGAAGAGGGUGUUUUCAGGACUACAUGUAAUAGUCAACUAAUCGUGGCAUUGCCUCAUGGGAAUCUCGAUUCAAGGGGCGAUUAUUUUCUUACACCCAAAUCUGUUCCACAAGAGGAGAAGACCAUGUCCAUCUGUAUGAUCCAUUAUUCCAUCUGGCAGCCCCACUUAUGGACAACAAUGUCCUAACAUGUGGCAUGGGUCAAACCGUCAAAGCGUGCAGGAAAGACCUGCUGCUCUUAGGAUAAACCACUACUGAGGAAGCUUGCAAACUCUUGUACUGGUUCCAGAUUGAGGCUGGUUAUGCAAAUAUGGACAUCAUGUUUGCUCAGCAUGAAUAUUUAAUUCAGGUGGGAUACAUGCUGCAAUGGUUGGAUUCUUUUCACAACCAUUGUUUCUCAUAGCAUAAGCAUGAGCUGAUGGGAAUUUUGGUUCCUUUGAUCUUUGGAUGGCCUUGCCUACAUUUAGUGUUGAGCCAGCCUCACACUCACUCAACAAAGUAAUUGCACACUUUGCCCAAAAGUAUGCCUAGACAAGUGGUAAGAUGAUUCUUGCUCACGGAGGAUUGAUUCUCCACAGUAACAAGGAAACUCUUGUGCACAUGCACAAAAGUGUGGCUAGGCAAGCCGCAAGGAGAUCCUUGCUUUUGGAGAUCAAAUUUGGUCUCUCUCAAAAGCAAGUUAACUCUUGCGCUAUUUGCCCAAAACUAAGGCAGGGGCAAUAAAACUGUUUGCUCACUUUGUCGAAAACGAAGGCAAUACAAUUGGUAAGACGAUUCUUGCUUGCGGAGGAUUAUUUUUCCAUAUGAACAAGAAAAUCCUUGUGCACAUGCACAAAAGUGUGGAGGCAAGUUGCAAGGAGAUCCUUGCUUCAUGCUUGUGGAGAUCAAAUUUGCUCUCCCUCAACAGCAAGUAAAUUCUUGCUCUAUUUGCUCAAAAGUAAGGCAAUUCAAGGGGCAAUAAGAUAUAUCGUUGCUCACAGCUCACUUUGCUGAAUAAUAAGGCAAUACAUGUGGCAAGAUGAUUCUUGCUCAUGGAGGAUUAAUUCUCCACUGGAACAAGGAAAUUCUUGUGCUGUUGUGCACAACUGCACAUGCACAUAAGUGUGGCUAGGCAAGUCGCAAGGAGAUCUUUCCUUGUGGAAAUCAAAUUAAUUUCUCUCCCUCAAAAGCAAGUAAAUUCUUGCGCUAUUUGCCCAAAAGUAAGGCAACUCAAGGGGGCAAUAAGAUUGUUGCUCACUUUGCCGAAAAGUAAGACAAUACAAGGGAGAAUAUAUCCUUGCUCGCCUGUAAAGACGCAAGGCAAUACAAUACAAUACUUAUUGAACUUGGAGCAAAUUAUGGCUAGGUAAUCCUUGCUAUUGGAGGAGAGCCAAUUUGGCCCUCCCUCAAAAUCAAGGAAAUCCUUUCUCAUUACAAGCUACCGAGCAAGGCGAUCCUUGCUAGUGGAGGAGAGUAUAUUAUGCUCUCCCUCAAAAUCAAAGGUCGCCUUGCUCACUUCACGCAAAAGGCUAUGCAAAGGGCAAGGUGAUCCUUGCUAGUGAGGGAGAGCCAAUCCGGCUCUCCCUCAAAAUCAAGUAAAUCCUUGCUCACUCUAAGCUACUCAAGGGGCAGGGCGAUCCUUGUUAGUGCAGGAGAGCAAAUCUUGCUCCCUCAAAAUCAAGGAUCUCCUUCGUCAUUGUGCACAAAAUGCUAGGCAAAGGGCAAGGCGUUUGCUUUGGAGGAGAGCCAAUUUGGCUCUCCCUCAAAAUCAAAGAAAUCCUUGCUCAUUUAAGGCUACUCAACGGGCAAGGCGAUCAUUGCUAGUGGAGCAGAGCAAUGUUGCUCUCUCUCAAAAUUAAGGAUCGUCUUGCUCACUUAUCAAAAAUCUAUGCAAGGAAACGCAAUCGUUGUUACUGAAGUGGGGCAAUUUUUAUUUCCCUCCAAAUGGAGAGAAUCUUUGGUUUGAUGACACAAGGGCCUUGUAGGCAAUCCUUAUUAGUUAAAGAUAGCAUAAUUUAGUCACUCUACCUAAAGGGCAAGACGAUCCUUGCUAGUGAAGGAGAGUCAAUUUGUUUCUCCCUCGAAAUCGAGGAAACUUUUUACCUUGCCUAAAUUAUAGCCAUGGAAAGACAAGGCAGUACUUGCUAGUGGAGGAGAGCAAAUUUUGAUCUCCCUCAAAACCAAGUAAAUCCUUGCUUUGCCCUUGCUAGUGGUGAAUCUAAUUUUUGGUUGCUUGCUAGGUUACUUUACUCAAAUUUCAAGAACUGUGCAUUUUGUUUUUUUAUUAUUUAUUAGGAGGGUUGGGUGGGUAACUCCGCCUAUGCUAUUAUGAGGUCAUACUCAUGUUGCAUAGCCGGUCCCAAGCCUGGAGAAAAGGAGGAGGGACCAACCAUGCCAACCUAAGGUAGUGUCGUGACCAUUUUGUAUGUUCUUAUUCCUUUAUUUUGAAAUCUAGAAUGUAGCUGAUUAGUAAAAGAUAAUCCCUUCAGGAGCAACGAAAAAAAAACUACUUUUCCUUGUUCCUAGCUCGAUUGCCUAGCAAUUGGGUCGCCUGCCUCUUCUGGACCUCAUUACCUCUCUGUUUUGUACUCUUUCUAUCUACUUUGGAUGAAUGAAAUGCUGAGAUCCUGCUUGCUUAAAAAGAAGUGUGAGACCAAUUUUUUUCAUUAAAAUGUUGGCCGAGUAGAGUAUGUGAUGACUGGUAACUGGGGACAAUGAACGCGGGGGCAGUGCGAUAGCUGUGUUUGUUCUACUCAUAUCCAUUGGAACGAGGAAUCAUUUCUCCGUUGCUGCUGACAGAAGCAGUAUAAAUAAUUCAGACAUGAAGUCUUUGCAAUUGGUCGAUUCGAUCAUGGAUUCGCAAGUCAGACAAUUGUUGUUUCAUAUGACAUGGCGGGAUUCUAAGCUCUUUGUACUAGAGGGAGCAUGUUAUUGUGUUGGAUAUGUACCUUUUUGAGAUCAUUGCAUGUUCCAUGUGGUAGCAAGAUCGCUUUCUGGUAUUUUUACUCAAGAUGGUUUUACAAUGUGGAAACUUGUGUGGUCACGACGUUGCAAGAUAAUGAGUAAGCUACUACCUCAAUUUGAACCAUGCCCAAGCUUGCUUCUGUGCCAUUUGUUAUAUGCCAUUUCUUGGCAACUUUAUUUCUUGUCUUCUUGCGUAAAUUUUGUGAUGUAGAGGGAGAAGUGGAUGCCAUUUGUAGAAGACCAUGCCACUAAGUAAAAGGAAGUUAUUGGCAUGUGAAGGAAAAAUGCUCAUCCUACUCAGUUAUGUUAGGCGCGGUUGAAACUUCUCAAGAAACGGAAGUUGACACAUCAUUUGGACAUUUCAGGAAACCAGGGGACUUGGGCCUCACAGCAGAUAUUGGUGACCACUGCAAGUUAGUCCUUCAAUUUCCUUAAGGAACCAACAGCAGUUGGGAUAAUGCCCGGUUCAAGAUUUUUGAACCACUGAAUACAAAUGCGAUGUCCGUGAAACAAUCCUUCUGUGGGAACAGUACCACAAUAUGAAGACCGUGUUGAUAAGGGAGUACUUAGAUGUGGGACCUGAUGGAUGGCUGGAUUAUGCAACUAAAAGGAUAGGACAGCUUGUUUUUCUGCCAGCUAAACCCCCUUUCCAUCCACACCAAUUUGCGACAUGUGCUGUUGUUAGCGACUCAGAAGAUCUCUUAAAAACAGGAUUCAGAUGAGAUUGAUGCAUACAAUGCUGUGUUCCGAGGAAACGAGGCACCUGUUAAUAAGCUGGAAGUCAGAAAUCUUGUGAUGGUGCGAGUGAACAAUGCUCACAAACUACAAGACCAAUAACCCCAUGACCUGAGGUCGCGCAAUGCAGUGUUGUCUGAGAUGCAGAUCGUGGCUCUCCACAUGUGAAAUGAGUGGUUUAGUUUGUGUUGCAACAUGUUAUCUUCCGCAAGUGGUUCGCACACUCCUGCAGGUGAAGUUAUCUGUAGCCUCAUUCUGAUCAUGUUUCAGAAGGGAAAAGAGAUGAUAUCCUUCAAUUGUAUUCAUUUUAUGUGUGUUACAAUUGUCCUUUUUGCCCUAAAAGAAAUGUAGAACAGGAAUGGAGCGUAACAUUUUAGUUGAAGGGAGCAGUGCAUAUUUGAUCAUAGAUCAUUCAUGUCCGUGCAACACAUUAUAUGUGCACUGUAUUCCCAUUGAUUGCAGGCUGUGCACUCCUUUUAUUUUUUUCCAUUUGAUGGUAUUUUAAACUUCUGCUCUCUUUAACCUUUACCAUGUAGUUAUUUCUCUAGAGGUUUGUGUUGGAGCAAAAUGUGUUUAAUAAAUAGGUACAGCCUACAACUUACAAGUGCCCAUUUAUUAAAAAGAAUAGGGGCAGACUCCCCGGCUCAUUAAAAUGUAACCACAGCGUAACACAGGGUAUCGUGAGUUCAGCCCUGGUAAACAAAGCAACAUAAAAGGGAUACAGAACAGAUAUACAUGGGGUACACAGGCCACCACAAACUGGAGAACGAUAUCAAAACCAAUGUUUUGUUAAAGAAGCUCCUGAGUGGAACUUUCUGCAUGCAGGAAAACCAUUUCUAUUUGUUACAAAGAGGGAGACUGAAAAACUCCAUGGAAAUAUUGACCAGAUGGGGAGUGGACUGAAGUGGCUAUUAAGUUUAUGUGUUUUUUUAUACCACGGCUUGGUAUGUGGUACUCGGCCUAAUAUUUCAUUUGUGUGACACAGGUAUGAGAUUUACAAGGUCACUGAAGGGCAGCGGUUGGAUCUAAAUCUUGAAAGAGGGUAAGGUCAUGCAUUUCUAUAUGCUGGCUGCACUUCCUUGCAGUUGGCUAACAGUAACAGUAACAUCUUUGCUGACUAUCGAAGCAUCAGAAAUUACACUUAUUUGGAUUUAUGCAAGAGUAAGUAAAUGAAGGACUAUCCUUCUCACUUCAAAGACAAGGGUGAUGUUUACUUGGCCAUCAUCUAUGCUUGUGACCUACUGACCUUUAAUUUGUACUGCUUAUCUGCUCUAGGCAUUUGUGGCUCAUUUCUGAGUAUAACAAUACAAUACAUUCAUUGUCUUUCAGAUGCCAAAGCUGAUCAAUUCAUGCACUGUUGCAAUUUGCAAGAUAUCUCAUAAGUAUGAUCCAUGCUGAACUUUAAAUAUGAGAAACAUACAUGUCGCCUUCUGUUACUUUGCACACUAGGUGUUGUAACGGUUGUGCCAAAGCUGUUGAACUCUGAAUAUUUCCCUCUAUAAAAUAUAUUACCAAUUUAGUGGUAUUUUGGACAAGAGCUAUGCAGUUUUACAGUGCGCAACAACUUAUUUUUGCGCUUGUAAUAGUUUUGAUUAAAUAUUAGUCGGGACGUGCCCUUGAACUUGCACGCUUACUAGUAUUUCUUUAAUUCUCAGUCUUGUCAUAAAAUGAUAGAAGUGUAUCAGAUAAUGUCACUGACAGUUAUCCUCUGGAGUGGAAGGUUCCCUCCCAAACCAGAGCCCCUUGAAAAGAUUGUGGUUCACCAAACCAGGGUAAAAAGAACCAAAGCCAUAUAUAACAAAGUAGGCAUGCUCUUGGUUGUUAGUAGUUGCUCAUUCUUCUCAUAGAAUUUCUACUGGUUCAUAAAAAGAAGAGAAGGACCGUGUGCUUGGCUUUCUCUCUCAACCUAACUUUCUCUCCCUCAAGGAGGGAUCCAUGGAGAUCAGCAGCGAGGACAGGGUGGAGUUGUCCAUUGUGGAUCACCUCCCUCCUCCCCCUUCCUCCCAUCACAAUGGAGACGCCAGUGUGGAGGAGGAUCAUCUAUGGCCAACCAAAGAUGGCCCUCUUCCUAUAUUCCUUAAGUUUGAGAAUGUGGAGUACAAGGUGAAGCUGAGCCCCAAGAACCCCCUGACAGCUGCAAAGGUGGCCUUUGCAUCCCACAUGAGGGUGGACCAUGGGAGCAUUAGCAGCAAGCACAUCCUCAAGGGCAUAGGUGGCAGUGUUGACCCCGGUGAGAUCCUGGCGCUGAUGGGCCCAUCUGGCAGUGGAAAGACCACUCUGCUCAAGAUACUUGGGGGCAGGCUGGGAGGCAGCGUCAAGGGCCAGAUCACCUACAAUGACACCCCUUACAGCCCCUGCCUGAAGAGGAGGAUUGGAUUUGUGACUCAGGACGACGUGCUAUUUCCACAGCUGACGGUGGAAGAGACGCUGGUGUUCGCGGCCUUCCUGAGGCUCCCGGCGCGCAUGACGAAGCAGCAGAAGCGGGACAGGGUGGAUGCCAUCAUCGAGGAGCUGAACCUGGAGAGGUGCCGGCACACCAAGAUCGGAGGAUCGUUCCUGCGCGGGGUGUCGGGCGGGGAGCGGAAGCGGACGAGCAUCGGGUAUGAGAUCCUAGUGGACCCGUCGCUGCUACUCCUCGACGAGCCCACCUCUGGGCUGGACUCCACGUCUGCCAGCAAACUCAUUGUCAUCCUACAGCGGCUGGCCAAGUCGGCAACGCGACGGACCAUCAUCACAACGAUCCACCAGCCGUCGAGCCGGAUGUUCCACAUGUUCGACAAGUUGCUGCUCAUCGCUGAGGGCCAUGCCAUCUACCAUGGCAAGGCCCGAGACUGCAUGAGCCACUUCGCGACCCUGGGGUUCACACCAGAGAUCCCGAUGAACCCGGCCGAGUUCCUGCUCGACCUCGCCACGGGGAACCUCGAGGACAUCAGCGUCCCAGAGGUGCUCCGGGGAUCGCCGGCACCGCAGGAGUUCAGGUCCCAGGUCAUCGCGUACCUCCAGCUCAAGUACAAGGCCAGUGCGAGCGAGGAGGUGAGGGGGGUGGCGAGGAGGCCAGGGGAGCAGCUGAAGCUGGCGAUCCGGAUGCGCAAGGACCGGAGCAUCAACUGGUUCCAGCAGUUCAUGGUGCUGUCGCGGCGGACAUUCCGGGAGCGUUCCGCUGACUACCUUGAUAAGAUGCGGCUUGCGCAAGCUGUCGGCGUCGCCCUCCUGCUUGGUCUGCUCUGGUGGAAGUCCAAGACCGGCAAUGAGGCCCAGCUCAGAGACCAGGUGGGGCUCAUCUUCUACAUCUGCAUCUUCUGGACGUCGUCGUCGCUGUUCGGGUCGGUGUACGUGUUCCCGUUCGAGAAGCUGUACCUGGUCAAGGAGCGCAAGGCGGACAUGUACAGGCUCAGUGCCUACUAUGCCAGCAGCACCCUCUGUGACGCUGUGCCACACAUCGUCUACCCGGUCCUCUUCAUGGCCAUCCUCUACUUCAUGGCCGACCUCCGCCGCACCGUCCCAUGUUUCUUCCUCACCCUCCUCGCCACCCUACUCAUCGUCUUCACCAGCCAGGGAACGGGAGAGCUCCUGGGGGCAGCGAUCCUGAGCGUGAAGAGGGCGGGGGUGAUGGCGUCGCUGGUGCUGAUGCUGUUCCUGCUCACCGGAGGGUACUAUGUGCAGCACAUACCCAAGUUCAUACGGUGGCUCAGGUACGUGUCCUUCAUGCACUACGGCUUCAACCUGCUGCUCAAGGCGCAGUACCAUGGCCAUCUCACGUACAACUGUGGGAGCCGGACGGGGUGCCAGCGGCUGCAGUCCUCGCCAUCCUUCGACACCAUCGACCUCGAUGGUGGUAUGCGUGAGGUCUGGAUACUGCUCGCCAUGGCCGUCGCCUAUCGCCUCCUCGCCUACUUCUGCCUCCUCAAGAGGAUCACCCUCAUGCCCUUGUGAAAAAAAAACAGAAUUUGUUUGAACUCUGCCUGCCUACCAUGGCAUAUUGGCAUGGCUGCUUGCUUAGGUAGCUAGGUCUUACAUCCUCCUUUGUUGCAUGCAACGCAUGUUAAUUAAUGGGUACAAGGCAAGAACUUUGACUGUCUGAGCAAUAUGUGCUUGGGUUUUCCAUUUUCUGAAAUAUUUCCUUUUGUUUCUUGACAAAUGGUGUGAGUACUGGGUGCUAAUUAAUUGUCUUUUUUUUUCUUUCAAAUAUGAUUAGAGAUGUGAUGGGUCUCAGCAAAUUGAUAUCACAAGAAUAACUUUUUUUUC